UAGAGGGUGGAUUUGGUCUCUGCUGUUGCUUCCAGAACUACAAUUUGUCUUCUAGUAUUAUUAAAAACAAAAGAAAUUAAACUCAGUUAGCUCGACAGGACUGAGAUGUUACAAUUUAGGGCUUCAUUUGUGCUGAAGGAGUUGAUUCAAACCAGCCCUAAGCGUUCGCUGUAUGACAUUUUAAGGCAUAAGCAGACUUUACCUAACGCCUACUGCUUUACCACUGCUUACCCGAAUAGCAAAAUAUCUCAGUUUAAAACUGUCUACAAUGGAAGACAUCUGCCUUUCAUACGACCUUCACAAGGGAGAAGAUUCUUAUGGUCAAAGACUGAGGGAGAGAUUGAACACACAGAGCCAGUGAAGAAAGAUGAAACCGUCCAGGAAGCCGCGGCAGACAAGAGGAGGAAGGCUGGCAUCCUGCCCAGCUUGGAGGACCUGCUCUUCUACAGUAUUGCUGAAGGCCAGGAGAAGAUCCCAGCACACAAAUUCAUUACCGCACUGAAGGCCACUGGACUUCGAACAGGAGAUCCACGGCUGAAGGAAUGUAUGGAUAUGUUGAAAGUCACCCUCAAGUCCACAUCAGAUGGUGUAAUGCUGGACCGUCACCUUUUCAAAAAGUGUGUCCAGAGCAAUAUUGUGCUCCUCACUCAGGCCUUCCGCAAGAAGUUUGCCAUCCCUGAUUUCCAGUCAUUUACUUCCAACAUUGAUGCGCUCUAUGAGAAAGGCCGAAAACUUUCUGGAGGGCAGGUUGCUGACUACAUUCCCCAACUUGCCAAAUUUAGCCCAGACCUGUGGGCUGUGUCCCUUUGCACAGUAGAUGGACAAAGACACACAGUGGGUGACACUAAAGUUCCAUUUUGCCUGCAGUCGUGCGUGAAGCCGCUCAAGUAUGCUAUUGCCGUGCAUGACCACGGCACUGAGUUUGUACACAGGUUCAUUGGGAAAGAGCCCAGCGGCUUACGCUUCAACAAACUCUUCCUGGAUGAGGACGAUAAACCCCAUAAUCCAAUGGUGAAUGCUGGUGCAAUUGUGUGUUCUUCCCUAAUUAAGCAAGGGGCAGGCAAUGCCGAGAAGUUUGAUUAUGUGAUGAACUUCUUGAAGCAGAUGGGAGGAAAUGAAUAUGUUGGUUUCAGCAAUGCUACAUUCCAGUCAGAGCGUGAGUCAGGAGACAGGAAUUUUGCUAUUGGCUACUACCUGAAAGAAAAAAAGUGCUUUCCUGAGGGCACAGACAUGAAUGCUGUUCUGGACUUUUACUUUCAGCUCUGCUCCAUUGAGGUAAACUGUGAGAGUGCUAGUGUCAUGGCUGCCACGCUAGCCAAUGGCGGCUUCUGUCCAAUCACAGGCGAGCGUGUGCUGGGCCCUGAGGCUGUACGAAACACCCUCAGCCUCAUGCACUCCUGUGGCAUGUAUGACUUUUCUGGACAGUUCGCCUUCCAUGUGGGUCUUCCAGCCAAGUCUGGUGUGGCUGGUGGCAUUCUGCUUGUUGUGCCCAAUGUGAUGGGCAUCAUGUGCUGGUCUCCUCCAUUGGACAAACUGGGCAACAGUGUUCGGGGUAUCCAGUUCUGCACGGAUCUGGUGUCAUUGUUUAACUUCCACAACUAUGAUAACCUGCGACACUUCGCCAAGAAGCUUGAUCCUCGUCGAGAGGGAGGGGAACAGCGGGUGAAAUCGGUCAUCAAUCUGCUCUUUGCUGCCUACACAGGAGAUGUAUCUGCUCUGAGAAGGUUUGCGUUGUCUUCCAUGGACAUGGAACAGAGGGACUAUGACUCCAGGACUGCACUGCAUGUAGCUGCUGCUGAAGGACACAUUGAGGUAGUGCGGUUUCUGCUGGAGGCCUGCAAGGUGAACCCUGUUCCCAAAGACAGGUGGGGAAACACACCAAUUGAUGAGGCAGAACAUUUUGGCCAUCAUGAGGUGCUCGCACUUCUACAGGAGUACAACAGUAAGUACAAUGCACCGGUGAACGCUGCUGCAGACAAAGAGACAACUGAAAAAAACCUUGAUGGGAUGCUGGAGACAUAACCAUUUCUACCAUGAGAGAACACUUUCGUUAACAUUCUUUACUUAUUAUUAGUGUGCUGUUUGCAAAAAAAAAUUGACAUUAUAUCCUGUGGUUAUUACAUGCAUUUUGGCUUGUUCUCAACUUCAUCCUUGCAAGAAAGGGUGUGGCAAAAGAUCUCAAUAUGAAAUGGUGUAAAUGGAUUAAAACUGUAAUACACACCUAUAAUUGUAAAUUGUAUGUUUACAUGCCAAUGUUUUCUUGUAAAAGUUGCAUAACUUUUCACGAAUCACUAAACAGAGUUGGCACUGAUUUCCUGAGGGCAAAUAACUACAUUGUUGAGUUUAGAAUGAUACUAAACAAUCCACUCUGUUAAGUGACUAAGGGGCCAUUCACACAGGACGUGUUCUUGCGUUCAAAAGUAUCAAGCUGUGCAACUGAGCAGAACAAGAUGCAGGGAUCUCGAGGCAUGUUUUUUUUAAAAAUUCAAUGCUCAUGAUGCAACAGCCAAAUGACACAUGUAUACGUAGACAAAAUAGCGCAGACUGAACGCAUGUGCUGUGUGAACUGCCCAUAAAUGCCGUUUUAUUUUCUGUUAUAUACUCAUAACUUUGCGUGUACUCUUGGUGUAACUGUCAUUAUUGUCUCACACAUUUAAAUAUUGUAUUUCAAUAUACUUCAUUAUUUUAUCAUGUUUAACCACUGCCAAAGACAUUGUGUUAUUUCUGCUAGUCUUUACCUGAUAUAAUUGUAGUUUUGGAUGUAUUCUUUAGAACACACACCUACAUGAAGAUGUUAAUAUUAUUUGUGUUGCCAUUAACCAAGUUGGCUGCUUUUUAAAAGAGGGAAUGAUAUUGUUUGCAAUUUGAGUAUAAUAGUGUUAUCCACACCUGCUAAACCAUUAUUUGUUACAAAUUCUGUUUAGUAAAACUCUUCUAUUUAUACAUGUAUACAUAAACAUUCUGUGCACUCACUUAAAGUGGAUUUAAUGUCUUAAAUUACUGUAAAUGUAGAUUUUUACAGAUAAUAGUUUGUGAACAGUGAAAAAGUGUUGGAGAAAAACUUAAAGAACAAUUAAAAACGAGCAGUUGGAUGUAUGACACAGAAGAGUUGAUGAUAAAUUAGCAAAUUGAAUGUAAACUAUUUCAAGAGACUACAUUAUCUAGCAUUAUUCACUGUUCAGCUGGAUACAACUUACUGAGGCAGAUUGUUUUUUUUUCCUUUCUGAUCUCUCCAGUCUUGUAUUUGACUGACUAAAGUGUGUACAUGUGCAAUUUUAGCAAUUAUAUAAAACAUAUAUAUUUUGAUGUGCAAUAGUAAAAGUUGUGUUAGUAAAUAAAAGGGUGUCCUUUUAUCACACACACAUUCACAGAAGUGCCUCCUUCAAUUAAGUAUUUAAUUGCACCAACAAAUUGCUUCAAAUUGUCUAUAAUAUUUGACAGAUGUGGUCCUGACUGAAUUGAGGUUUAAUUCUCACCAUGAGCAAAAGUAAAAGUAAUUAUUGUGCUCUACCUAAAUCACUAGGAUGUCUGUCUACGUCCAUUUCUCCUUUAUCUGAGGGGGACAAAAACUCUUAUUUUAUUCCAAAUGUACUGAUGGUGCGUAAAUGCCACAUACAUGGACAGGAAAUUCUAAGACAGAAAAUUAUCUCAGAAGAGUAUUGUAAUAUAAUACAAUAUGCUGUUGUAG